CAUAAAGCUGACUUCUAGCUUGCCUUGCCUGAGGGCACAUCAGCAGGGUUGAUGCUGGCUGUCAACGAGCUGAAGGAAUUAAUUACUCACUGCCCUGUCACUGGUUUAUAUUCUUUAUGUUCAGAGAGAGCAGCUCAUUGAAUGAUUUUAACCUUGGCUCUCUAAUUAAAAUGAACCUUGAGUAUACAUGUAUUCACUAUCGAGAAGAAAAUGAAGUGUGUUUACGUUUGACUCAUAAAUCACUGGAAAUGUCAGGAGAUGAAUAAUGAGCAUCUCUCCUCUGCAGGUACGCCAUGAGGUUGAAGAACUUCACCAGCCAUUCAGCCACCGUCGCUGAGAAGAAACUAGCUGUGCUGUGUAACCGCUGUCUGUCUCUGCUGUAUCUGAGGAUGUUCCAUCUGAAGAAAGACCACGCUGUCAAGUACUCACGGUCGCUCAUGGAGUACUUCAAGAAUUCAGCCAAGAGUUCCCACCAAGCCCCUUCUCCCUGGAGGACCAAUGGGAAGGUCAAUGGGACUCCAUCUCCCCUCUCACUCAGCCCCUCCCCAGCCAGCAGUGGAGGAGGAGGCGGAGGAGCAGGAGGAGCAGGAGGAGGCAGGAUCUGGAGGUGCCCCAGGCUCGCUGGGAAGCGUGGCUAUUCCCCAGCGGAUUCACCACAUGGCCGCCAGUCAUGUUAACAUCACCAACAACAUCCUGAGGAGCUAUGAACACUGGGAGACGGCCGACAGACUGGCCACUGAUAGCCAAGAUUUCUUCCAGGAGCUGGACUCUGUGAUGGAGCCGCUGAGUCAGCAGAGCAGCAUGACUGAGCUGGUCCGAUACAUCAGGCAGGGACUGCACUGGCUCCGCAUAGAGGCUCACCUGCUGUAGAGAAGAGAUGGG